AGUAGCUCGUAGCUUGAGUUGCUGACUGUUCGUCAGAGUGAAGCUGCUCCUCUAUAGAGCCGCUCCUGAAUGCUGGUUAUGUAGAAAUGAACGGGUUUCUACAGGACGGAGAAGGCUGAUCAGCGCGUCUGGGGAAGCCAAAAAUUAUGUCAGCAAUCAAGCUUGCCCUGCAGCAGAGCCAGAAGAAGGGCAGAAGGAAAACCUCUGAAGCAAUGUCUGCAGAUGUGUCGCCGGACUCCAAAUGUCCAAUCUGUUUGGACAAAUUUAACAACAUUUCUUACCUGGACCUCUGCCUACACAAGUUCUGUUUCCGCUGCAUUCAUGAGUGGUCCAAGAACAAAGCCGAGUGCCCUUUAUGUAAACAGUCUUUUAAUUCAAUCUAUCACAGCAUCAAAUCAGAGCAAGACUUUAAGAAGUAUGACCUGCAGCCGGUGGAAAAUUCCUCUUUUGGGACUUUUGGUGGAGUGCGGUUUAGAUACCGCACAACGCUUACCGGAGUCAAUCGACAGAUGCGGGGAAGGACCUCUCCACCUCCAGACAAUGGAGUAAUGUUUGAAGCUCCAGUAAACCCUCCCCAACAGCCGCAGGACCGCUACAUCCGGCGGAUGAUGAUGAGGUUGGCAGCCAAGAGGAGAGCCGCGAGUGAAGGCAGGGCAGUGAACAGUGUCAGAGAGCAGGAAAUGGUAAACUUCAGGAGGGAACUGUAUCGACAGGGGACGAGGGUUCGGAGUGUCCGGGAUGGUGGCCGCUCCAGAGAAACCUCAGCGGAGUUCUUCCAAAGAAAUCCUGCCUGCCUGCAUAGACUGAUCCCCUGGCUAAAGAGAGAACUCGUUGUGCUGUAUGGAGCCCACGGCUCUUUGGUCAACAUAGUUCAACACAUCAUCAUGUCACGCAUUACACGUUACGAUAUGGAGGAUGGAGCUAUUCAGGAAGAGCUGAGGCCGUUCCUCCAGGGCCGCACAGAGCACUUCCUGCAUGAGUUCAUCAGCUUUGCAAAGUCUCCUUUCAACGUGGAGGCCUAUGACCAGCAUGCUGCCUAUGACUGCCCGGCCGCUUCUUCAAAUGAAGACAGCAGCGCCAACUCGUCUGUGAUAGCCAUCUCAGAGGAUGAGGACCACUCGGUGGAGUUAAACCACCCAGGAGACUCCACGUCUUCGCUGAGCCACUCUGUGUGGGACGACGAGACACCUGGGCCGUCGUAUUCUACGACAGCAGAGCAGGGCAGGGCAGAGUGUCUGUCAGUGCUCGACUUAGACUCAGACAGCAGUUUAGAGGAGGAGACGUGUGAGUUUGGGGCCUCUCCAGAGCAAAUGAGUCCUCCUAACCAAACGGACGAGACUCAGGGUGAAGUUAACAAUGAAGAGGGUCUGUCUUAUGACAGCGACGACUGUGUCAUUAUAAGUGUUGUUAAGCCAACAGCAGACAGGACUCCUGAGCUGGUUCAGCUGUCCUCUGACUCUGAUGAGUCUGCCGGUGAAGAUAUUAAAGCAGUGCCUCUUCUACCUCAACACAUCCGCUUCUCUAGUCUCAGUCCUAUGGCUUCACAGGGCAGUGAUCCAAGUGGUGCUGGACAGUCAGAACAUUUAGAAACUGACCACUAUCAUCAGUUGGAUUCAAAAGAGAGACAUAGCACUUCUACAUCUAGCAGGCACAAGACAUCCAGUAGGUCAGACAGAAAAGACAGAUCUAGGGAGAGGCACUUGUCAAAGGACGGAGACCAUCGGAGAAAGAGGAGGUCAAGAAGUGCAGAGCGCAGGCACUCAAGCAGGAGCCCGGUGAUCUCCCACAGCAGUGUCAGCACUCAAUCCAGAGAAAGAGGUCAUUCUUACUCCAGUGGCAGAGACUACUCAAAAUCUGACGCCAAUUAUAGCAGGAGGGACAUUGAUCACAGCUACCAGUCAUAUAAGCAUUACAGCCAAGAGAAAAAUGACAGUGGGAUGCAUUACACAGAGAGGCGGUCCUACUAUUACAGCAGCCGCAAGUACACAGACCGUCACUCUGACUCCAGGAGCCGCAGCAGGGACCGGCAUAAACGGGACAGGAGGCAUUCUCGUUCUAGGACUUGUUCCAGCAGUCGCUCCCCUUCGACCAAACGGAGAUCUCACAACAACAAGCCUGGUGGAAAGAGGAAAUACAAGACAAGACAUUUGGAAGAAACAUCCAAAGACGCACUUUCAAACUCAAAUGCUGAAGGUGACGCCCCAAUUUUAUCAACAAAACACAAGAAAAAGAGCAAAGAGAAGCAUCGGAAAAAAUCCAAAGACAGGUCGAGAAAGACUAGCAGGAGCCUCAGUGUGGAGCUCGUCAAUGAGGAAAACUCUCACGAGCAAAGCAAGCGUCACCAUAAGAAGAAGAAGAAACAUAAGAAGAAAAGCAAAAGGCACAAGAGUAGCGAGCGCACAGGGAAGCACUCACCCACUGUCAUUACCAUCGAUAGUGACAGCGAUUCUUUUGCUCGUGACAGUGUCAACAAGACCUGCAACACUAACCAGGACAACCCUGUCAACAGUACCACCGAUGGCCCAGUUGACUCCGCCCCUCCGGACUCGGACAACCCUGUCAACAGUACCACCGAUGGCCCAGUUGACUCCGCCCCUCCGGACUCGGACAACCCUGUCAACAGUACCACCGAUGGCCCAGUUGACUCCGCCUCUCCGGACUCGGAUAACCCUGUCAACAGUACCACUGAUGGCCCAGUUGACUCCGCCCCUCCGAACUCGGACAACCCUGUCAACAGUACCACCGAUGGCCCUGUUGACUCCGCCCCUUCGGACUCUCUGGAGUAGUUUUAUGGAAACUGAUGGAUUCACCCAUCAGCAGCUAAUGGCUGCCAGCAGUAUUUUAAACCAAAACAAUUUUCAAUAUGUUGAAGUCCACCAGACCUUGAAGGAUAUUGCGACUACACAGAUCUUAAAAUGCCACAGCAAGUGGUUUCUAUGGUGACAGUUCAUUGGAUGGUGGCAAACAUGACUCUAAACACCUAAAACAAUCCUAUUUUAUGUGCCAAGUGCCACUUUGAACAAGGCAGAAUAGACUUAUGGGGGUUGCACAUCUUUUUUUAAGUGUAAAUUCUUAUUCAGGAAAAUCCUUUUCUUUAAUGGAUGUAUUUUAUUUCUAAGGUGCUCUCAGGGAUGAUAUUGAUUACAGUGAUUUUUUUCCUUUGUCAUAAGUCUGCUAUCAUCUAGAGACAAAACUAUUUCUGCCUGCUACACAUGGAGUACUUAUCCGCAGAUAGUGUGUGGAUUUCUAAAUUAGCUCUUUUGUAAUGCAUUUUAUUUAAAAUAAAUUGUAAUGAGCAACUGUGUGUGCUGUGGGUUUUCUGAAAAGAAAUAAAAUUUGUAUACAUUUUUUUGUAUGGAUUUUUAGCCUCACAAAUAAGAAAAGUGAUCCUAAUUCUGCAUGAAAAUUCAGCAAACUUAAACCUCUUAGCUGUUGCUAUAGAAUCCACACAUUUUGCUCUCCGUCUUUCAUGUACCUCCCACAGUACAGAAAUAAAAAAUACUGUGGUGAUUACUAAGGGCUGGAUGCAAAACUUUUCAUUUCUUGAUUAUAAAUCUGGGAAAAGCGAUAUUCUUACAAUCAAACUUGUGUCUUUCCCAUUUCCAUUUAUAUGAGAAAACUGAGCAUUGAAAGUUUCCUAAAUCAUCAUACUCUGCUUUCUAAAUUGUCAAU